AUUAUUAUUGACCCGAGCAAUAUGUAAACUGCGCAGGGGGGUGGCCUGUCAAGUAACAUUGGACUGCAAGCCCAUGGCUUCAGUCGGCUGUCUUCUGAUCGCUGUUACAGUGCGGCAGCGGCGGCUGGCCAGCGGUGCUGGAUGAUACCGGCUGGUGUGUUGACUUCUGCAGAGACUGUCGCGUUUCACGUCACUUUUCAAUGAGUUGUAGUUAUAUACGUGGCUUUACAGGACUGACUUAUUUGUCCGUCUGAUAAAAGUCAAAAUGAGCGCCGCGGUUUAUGUUAUAUCCACGGUUACCGGAUAUGUGCUCACUUCGGCAUUAUUGCUUAAAUAUCCGUCACUGCUGCACCGGCGAAAGAAAGAAGCCUUCCGGAGCAGACACAUCUCACACCGCGGCGGAGCUGGUGAGAACUUGGAGAACACAAUGGCAGCCUUCAGGCACGCUGUUCAACUGGGCACUGACAUGUUGGAACUGGACUGUCAUUUGACCAAGGAUGAGCAGGUGGUGGUGUUGCACGAUUCCAACCUAAAGCGGUCGACUGGCAUUAACGCGUACAUUUCUGAUGUGGCUUACGCUGAUCUUCCACCUUACCUUUGUAAGCUUGGGGUGACUUUCAAACGAGAGUGCUACUGUGAAGGAGGAGAUGACAAACGCAUCCCUCUGCUAAGAGACGUGUUUGAAUCCUUCCCAAACACCCCUGUAAACAUCGACAUCAAGGUCAACAAUGACAUUCUCAUCAAGAAGGUGUCCGAGCUGGUUGUCCAAUACAACAGGGAACAUCUGACCGUCUGGGGAAACUCCAGCAACAAAAUCAUUAAGAAAUGUUACAAAGAGAACCCACAAAUCCCAGUCUUUUUCAGUUUGCACAGAGUGCUGCUGUUGCUUGGUCUUUUCUACACAGGCCUCCUGCCCUUCGUCCCGCUUAAGGAACAGUUCCUAGAGAUUCCCAUGCCUUCAGUCAUUUCCAAACUCAAAGAUCCUGAGCAUCAGAAACGGAGUCAGCGUUUCAUAACAUGGCUGGCAGACACGCUCCUCAUGAGAACAGCAUUAUUCGAUCAUCUGACAAGCAGAGGAAUACAAGUGUAUGUCUGGGUGUUGAACGACGAGGAGGACUUCAAACGUGCCUUUGACCUUGGGGCUACAGGGAUUAUGACAGACUAUCCCACCAAGCUAAAGGAGUUUAUGGAGAAAAACAGCUACACUAAAUAAGACUUGUCGGCCAAAGUAAAUGAUCAAUUAGCUAUUCCACUGAUCUUUGGCCUCUAAAUGCGCCUUUUAAUUACCCAACAUUCUUUGAUGUUUAUGUGUAUGAGUAGGUGUGGCAGCUAUCAGUUUUGCAUUCAUCUGCAAUCAGCAUCAGAGCCAUUUUAGAGCAUACAGGAUGUCUUGAAAUCCUUCUGUAGCUUCAAGUUCAUAGCAAUACACUAUCCAUAAAAAGCUGGAGGAUUCAUAAGAAGCUGAGGUUAUGAUGAAAUAUCAAUCAUGUAGGGGUGAUGUCAUGAUCGUCAUGACAUUUCUGUGACUUUUACUCUACAGGCACUUUCAUUGUAUCAUUGACUUGCAGUUGAUUGUUUUAUUACAGUGCAUCAGUUUCUGCAAUAACACUGAACUCACUAAAGAGUUAAUUGUCUAAAUGACGAGACCGAAGCCACUUAAGUUUUUCCAAGACACUAAAAAUAAAUACUAGUUUCAGGGGGGUGUACUGUGGAAUUGUUGAGAAACCAAUAAUUAGAAGGUAUUAGAUUUUUAUGUUUACUGUCAUGUGUAUAUUUUGUUUUUGUAAAUUUGUUUAUUUUGUCAGUAAGAGAUUGUCAAUUUUGAGAUAAGUUGUGGCUUAGAAGAUGCCUCACUGUUGCUUGAACUGUUAAGUGUAGUUUAAUAUACCAGUCAGACGUUUUGACACACCAACUCAAUCUUCAUUAUUACUAUGUCAACAUAACAAUCAAGACUAUAAAAUAAAACACCAAUAGAAGUAUGGUAGCUAUGUACGAUUAAAAAACAUCUUAUACAAGUGAAAACUCAUAUUUGAGCUGCUUCAAAACCUAUUUCUGCUUUUCCUUUAAUAUCCGCUCCAACUCAUCCAUAUAUAAUAAUAAAAUACAUAUAGGUCAAAUUAGUGAACAAUAUUAUGCAUAGGGAAACUUUUUAUUUAUCUUUAAAACCAAUUUCAAGUAUUCAAGCAAUAGCCUUUAGGUCAAAAGGUUUUGUGAUCAUGAAAAACAAUGUCAGUCAAGUGUGUCCAAGCUUUUGACGGGUUGUGUAUAUUAUACACUGAUGAAUGAAGUUGUGCUGGAGUGUAACUGGGUUACAAACAAGUGUGGUAUAUAGUGGUCAUGUGACUUUUGAAUGUACGUUUGCAAUAACAGGAAAAGAUGUUAACUUAAAAAUGUUGGUGGUUUUACAGUUUUGCUGUAUUGAGAGGGAAAGGUAAACAGAAACAUUUUCUCACUCAUUUAAGGAAUUCCUAUGAAAAACAAUGCAUUCAGAAUUGGCAUGACAGUAACUCACUCCUGAAUGGAGGUGAUCUUAAGACUUUGGAUAAUCAAGCAUUUGUGGAGUUCAGAUGUUUCCCCCCUUUUGUGAAGUGUAUAUGGAUGCAGUAACUCUUAGCUUUGUGCUGUGUUUAAUUUUCUAGUUCAUAUUUUCUCCAAGCUACUUUCAUUGGUUGUGUAUGAAUUCAGUGCACAGUUUUAAAUGUAAAUGAUAGUACUGUAAUUCAAAGAUUAGUUAUUAUAGAGGAUAUUUGGUAUCAGCAGCACAUUUCUGUUUGUAUUUGUGAAUAAACUGCCAUUAAAUAUAUU